UCUGUCUGUCUUUCUCUCUGUCUCCUCCCGGCUCGCCGGCCGUUGAUUGCAGCAACGAGGAAGCAAAAUGGCGGGGGCGGGCGGAGAUUGCGAUGUGAUUAUGGCGCCUACGGCGGCCACACCAGUGGUAGCUUCGCACUCUGAGGUGCCGGCGAUGUUAAGCGACGAGGACGAGGAUGCGGGGACGCGCCGAGAAGCAGAGUCUUUCAAGGAGCAAGGAAACGCCUUUUAUGCCAAGAAGGAUUACAAUGAAGCAUACAACUACUACACAAAAGCCAUAGAUACAUGUCCAAGUAAUGCCAGUUACUAUGGGAACCGAGCUGCCACUCUCAUGAUGCUGGGCAAAUUCCGGGAAGCACUGGGGGAUGCCCAGCAGUCCGUCAGGAUGGAUGACAGCUUUGUGAGGGGACAUCUACGAGAAGGAAAAUGCCACCUAUCUCUGGGGAAUGCCAUGGCUGCCAGUCGCUGCUUCCAACGGGUUCUAGAACUGGAUCAUAAAAAUACACAGGCUCAGAAAGAGCUGAACAAUGCCAGAAUUGUCCUAGAAUAUGAGAAGGUUGCUGAAGUUGACUUUGAGAAACGGGAUUUUAGGAAGGUUGUCUUUUGCAUGGAUCGUGCUCUGGAAUUUGCCCCUGCCUGCCACCGGUUCAAAAUUCUCAAAGCAGAAUGUUUAGCAUUACUGGGUCGCUAUCCUGAAGCACAGUCUGUUGCCAGCGACAUCUUGCGAAUAGACUCCACAAAUGCUGAUGCCCUCUAUGUCCGAGGACUUUGCCUUUACUAUGAGGACUGCAUUGAGAAGGCUGUGCAGUUCUUCAUCCAGGCCCUCAAAAUGGCACCCGACCAUGACAAGGCCUGUCUCGCCUGCCGGAAUGCCAAAGCUUUGAAAGCGAAGAAGGAUGAUGGCAAUAAGGCCUUCAAAGAAGGCAAUUACAAGCUAGCCUUUGAACUUUAUACAGAGGCCCUUGCAAUAGAUCCAAAUAACAGAAAAACCAAUGCCAAACUCUACUGCAACCGUGGGACAGUUAACUCAAAGCUUAGAAAGCUAGAAGAAGCAAUAGAAGACUGCACGAGUGCCAUCAAACUGGACAACACAUACAUCAAAGCCUACCUGAGGAGAGCACAGUGUUACAUGGACACAGAGCAAUAUGAAGAAGCUGUGAGGGAUUAUGAAAAGGUUUAUCAGACAGAGAAAACAAAAGAACACAAGCAGCUGCUCAAAAAUGCACAAAUGGAACUGAAGAAAAGCAAGAGGAAAGACUACUAUAAGAUCUUGGGAGUGGACAAGAAUGCUUCUGAAGAUGAGAUCAAAAAGGCAUAUCGGAAACGGGCUCUAAUGCAUCAUCCAGACCGGCACAGUGGUGCAAGUGCUGAAAUCCAAAAAGAAGAAGAAAAGAAAUUUAAGGAGGUUGGUGAAGCCUUCACCAUCCUUUCCGAUCCAAAGAAGAAGGCCCGCUAUGACAGCGGGCAGGAUCUUGAAGAAGAUGGCAUGAACAUGGGAGAUUUUGAUGCUAAUAAUAUCUUCAAGGCUUUCUUUGGAGGACCAGGAGGCUUCAGUUUUGAAGCUUCUGGACCAGGGAAUUUCUUUUUCCAGUUUGGCUAAACUUCAGAAGACCCUCUUGUCUACCAAAACCCACACUUUAUCUGACCUGCUUCAUUUAACUUCGAGUUAUGUUCUCCCUUCAUCUCAUCGCGCCGUUUCUUAGGGCUGUGGUGUUUUCUCCUCUGGAGACCUCCGUUUUUUGUGUGAGCUUUAGAGUGUGAUGAGAAACCCAGCGCUUGGAGAGAAGGGGGAGGGGCAGUGAAGGGUUAUCCUUUUUGGUUGUUUGUUUUAUUGUUAACUUUAUUAAAAAAGAGAGAGAGAGAAAUAAAAUCUUUGGAUUCCUCUAUGAUAAGUAAUUUCAGACUCCCAAGCUGCUGGGAUUUAACUUGUGGAGUCCUCACCUUCUGUGACGGGCCUGAAACUUUUCUCAAGUGCAGCUGAACAUGACAUGCCUUCAUAUUUAUGUAAGUAAAAAAAAAAAAAACCCUAAUUAGGUUUUUCUCGCGUUGGUUUCAAUACCCCAGCUGUAGCCAGACUCGGCCUGUGACCCAUCUACACAAAGGCUGAGGAAACACUUGAGAAACCCAGGCAGAGUGAGAUUCAUGGCAUUGCUCCCUGAGAGAGUCACUUCUGGAAUAAGGAGAAAAACCUUCCCAGCAUAUUGUAGUACCUCCAGAGCAUCUAUUUCGUUUGGGGGACAGUUUCUUUCUGUUUCCAAUUUCUCAAAUACUUCAGGGAAAUGGUAAGGGCUGAUUUCACACACACUGAUAUUUGUCUUUUUGAUGGUGAAAGCCAGCUCAACACGUAAAACUGGCUCCACUGAAAAUUGCAUGGUGUCCGAGGUGGCUGUCAGGUGUUAAAGCUCUGCGCACUUGUGCAAUGUCAGAUCUGCUGUGCCUGUUUCACACAUGCAAAUCAUCACUGGAUGUCUCUGACACAUUCAUACAUGCACGUGCAAAUCCACUAAGUAUGAUGGAACCUGUUCUUCACAAACUGAUUGGGAUCCCAACAUUUUGUUUGUUUGCUUGCUUUUGGUUAGGAAACAGUUUUUUUAGGAUUGACCGAAAAUGUGUUCUACCUUGAAAAGAAGACAACCAGCAUUAUUUGAAGGUGGAGGGCCUUUGGGUCUGCUGUGCAACCCUUUCUUGUAUAUUAUGAAAACGGAGCUGCUUGUCUUGAACUUACCUGACAACAGUUUUGCAAGAAAACAAUUUUCAAGCAGAAUGGUAGCAACAAGCCACCUUGGAAUCGAUGGCUGCUGUUACUGCUAUUUUUAUUUUUAUCCAGUGCUGUUAUCAUUGUGUAUAUUGCUCACACACACCAAGUAACAGCUUCCACAAUGCCACCUUUUUUCCUACUGCUUUUCUCCGUAGUAGCAAGGCAUCAUGCAGAGAUGUUGCCUCCUCGAUGUGUUGAGCUAUUUUAACAUUAGAUUACAAUUUUCACCAUACUGCUGUGCAUUGGAAAUUUCCUCUCAUGUUAAGUGGCCUUUCCAUUGUUUUGGCCUGCAACUCCCAUAAUCCCUAACCAUCCACUCUGCUAGCCAGGACUGAUAGGAGCCCGAAACAUGUGAAAGGCCACAAGUUACCCACCUCAGCUUUAAGAACUGACUCAGAAACCACAAAAAUGUUUCUAGAUAACCAGGGUAUUUUGAUAUCAAAAAGUGUGAGCUUUGACAACCUUCUUUGAGGUUUUUAGGGACUGGUUCUUGUGCAAUACCUGUUCAGUAAAAUUAUAAUUAUUGAACCACAUAAGCCUGGGAGCUGUCUGCUACUUUUUGAGCCAUUCAGCUGUGCUUCCUGGCAAGCUUAAGAAAGCAUUUGGGUAGGUUUAACUUUGUCCCCUGCAUUUCUCUUCCCAGCGUCAAACUGGGAACGUGAGAGAAGCAGUGGUAGCAAUACAGCCUGCAGGGGGAUAUUCAACUGUUGCUAGCUAGGCUAAAGUGUGGCGAGAAUAAGGAAAUAAGUUGUUGGAGAGAGAGAGGAGUAGGAGCUUGGUGUAUCAGCCCCUUGAAGGUGUUGGAACAUGUUGACUCCUAGGCUAAAAAUUGUCAACUACCUCUUAUUUAGGCCUGCCAUGCAAUCAAAUUCCACUGAUGGAAUUUAUUUCAUGAGCCAUGGUUACAUCCAGAGAAGUAAAUCUGGUGAUGUUGGGUUGUGUACUUUCUCUAUGAACCAUCAAAAAUGUAAUAGUUUUUGAAAAACUAGCAGUGAAGCAUAUGAAGCAACAAAACCUCUCUUUGUAUUGCCUUAUGCUGAUGGAUAUUAAAUCAGUAGAAUGUUAUUCUUGGAGGCAUGGAGCUAUCAGGCACAAGGGAAAGCAAGAAUGGUGAAUCCUGCUAAUUUCCCUUCCUAGAUGCAGGUGAAGUUAUUUUUCUUUACGGCUUGGUUCAUAUGAUUAAACAAACCAUGAAUUGUUCAUACACACAUGGGAGUGAGUGUGCUGGCCUCCAUCUACUCUUCCUCUUUGCUAAACAAUUCAAGGAGCACCCAUUCAGGGAAUAUUCUCUGUUAUGUUUGAACCAGAAUCGGUUGCUGAGGAAGAAGCAACCCAGAAUUUUAACCUCACAAUGAACUGUGGGUUAAAAUUCUGGGUUAUUUCUUCCUUAAGAAUGUAGAGUUCCAUGUUUUCCGACUUGCUUUCUCAAUUUUUUCAAGUAUUGAAAAUUCUUUAUGAUCCAAGAGGUUGCUGGAACUUGAUACUGAUUGUAAACCUGGAAGCUGGUGAGUGCCAAUUUAAAAGCAAUCUUUUCUGCAAUGCUUUGCCUUUUUCUUAUGUUUCUGAUCAGAAAUUAAGUCUCUGUACUCAAAGCAGCCACUAAGGAGGCUCCUAGAUUUCAGUUUUAUUUGCAUUAGGUAGCAGAGCUUAUAGAAUCUAUUUUUUAAAUCUCCUGAUGUGGCAUUCUAGAUCAUUGCACUAUAUUCUUGGUCAUUAAACAUUUUUUUAAAAAAUAGUGAAAUUGCAUUUAAGAGCUACCAGAGGUGUUUUGCUGACUGACCCAUCUGUCUGUCUGAAUGUGGUGUUGGAUGCCUGCAGAAAAAUAAGGUAGUUGCAUCUGGGAUGGUAAACUAUACCAAUUCUGCAGUCACUCUUUUCAGACAAAAGGUACAGUGUUUGUUUUGAACUUUUCUUCCCAUGGUCCAAGUUUCCUUUCCUGGUUUUAGUUUUACAUAGGGAGAUGUUCAAAAAUAGCAUUCACCUGCAGUUUGAAAUAGUUUAUCACUGACACUACCACUUCAUUCUGCUGCAUGUGGGGACCAGAUCUCUGUCAUGAGAUGGAUAAAAAAGAAAAAUCCCACAAGAGGCGUUCCUAAGCUGAGAAAUGCAAGGUAGCUUCCACCUUAUUUGUAAACUGCUGGCCUAGGAGAAAAGUAUUCUCGGGAAGGUUGCCAUUUUACCUCAUAAGUUUGACUCAUUCCCACCCCUUUUUCUGUACACUGCCAGAUCAUUGUUCCUUGCAUGAAUUGUAUCCUCUUUGCUGUAUAGAUACAUGUACAAGGAAUAGCAGAGCAGAGUGCAGAUUUGCCAAUGUUGAAGCCAUUUGGAGAAAGGCUGUUUAGCUAGAACUAUUUUACAUGCUAUUUUAAGCUCAGUAUGAGGGUCUAGCCUUCCUAUUAAAAAGUUUGUUGCAUGAUCUGUUUUAGAACAGCACCCAUCCUCUCUCCUGGGGAUGGCUUCACACAUCAAUAAGUAUACAGUUCCAAUCAGACCCUUUCACAUUUCGAAGAUAUUAAAGGAGAACAAAAAUUGGUGAAUAUUUGUUAGGUGGGAUUCGUGUGUUUAUAUGCAGAAUUUCAAACCAGACUGAAGCAAAAACCAUAUGCAGUUGAUAUUAACUUUAUUAUAAAAUGUAUAUGAUGUACAAAAAUAAACACUCCAGAUCUCGUU